AAAAUGUGAAUUAGAAGGGAUAUGUCCUUACUGCUUCCAGUUCCUGGUUCCUGAUAGCCGCCGGGUGCGUCUCAAACCAAAGAUGAAAGUGACUCCACAGAUAGAGAAAGUUCUGAAACGAGAAACGAAGAACCAUAAACUUAACAUGAAACAGGCAAAGCUUUUGAAAAAGUACAGGGAGUCAAGAAGUGCUCUGCUGGUUACUUGCAACUCAUGCAACAAAACAACAAGACAUUAUGGAAAAAGCAGGGAUUUUCUGGCUACCAGAGCACACAAUUCUGGCACUCCAAGUAUGAAAUCUAGCCUGAGGACACCAGAUGUAAAAAUGCAGUCUGCAAACAAAGUGACACCUGUAAGCUGCAGUAGGUUGGGAUCUAAAAGGAACAGUCCAUUAUCACUUCCCAGAACACGUGUAUCCGGACAGGCAACAACCAGCUCUGCUUCCAAGACUCCCCGAAACACCAAAUUUCACUUUUCUAAGCUAAAACGGAUGCUUAACUUAGAAGAAAAAGAGAAAAAACAGAAGGCAGAUUUGCAAACCUUCUUGAAUUUACUUUAGUUAUUCAUUAUUUCAAAGUAAUAAAGAUUAAAGCAAUAA